ACCAGGAGCUUUCUCAGUCAUGCAAACUUCUGGCCAGGGCUUGCCAGAGCAAUUUUUUUCCUGACGAGUGCCCUUUUUUCAAAGGCUGUACUCGUACGCUAAUAUGGUUUAGUGCUUCCUGAUGGCUACCCUUUGUCACGCUUUGGAAGCUGUGAGGCGAGAUUUAAGGCGAACAGAUAGAGAAAUAAAGAGGCGCAUAAAACUGAUAGACAUGCACUGCUGCCAUCGAUGCUGUGAUACACAGUGCAGCUGCCUCUGUGAUAUAAAUCUCCAUCCACAAUGUUGCUGUCUUCUCCAUCCAUACCCGUUCUGCCUUUGUGACAUACUAUGCUGUCGGCCCUGCCGACCCGUGUGCCUCACUUCUUUGGAGCGCAAGGCAAUUAGGGCUAAAAUAGAAGCUGAGCAAGAACUAGCCAGGAUUCGAAGAAGGGUAACUAAGAUGCUGUCAACAUGUAAUCGCCCAAAGCUUUUAGCUUUAAUGGAUGUUAAGGGGUUUGAUCCGGAUGAUAUCACAGUGAAAGUGCAAGAUGGGAAGGUUAAAGUUUCAGCGGAACAUGAAGAAGAAUUUAAGACCCCGCGAGGGAAGGAAUACAACUACUCCACGAUCACCAAGGAGAUCUGCUUGCCACCAGGGGUGACUGAGAACGAAAUCUCGUACACCAUUGGGCCCAGGAGCCUUGUGAGGAUAGAAACUCCUGGCUCCAUGCCUCCUUGCCUCCAGAGUCUGCUGGAUUGUUAAGCUUUGGUAGCUGUUCAGACGAUGGAGGCCACCAUCGGUGUGUUCCCAAGGCCCCUGUGGCACUUCUUUCAACACUGCCCUUUAGACAUGUGUUAGCAACCGUGUUAACCUUCUUCCAACAAUGACAGUGCUGCAUA